UUUAUUCAUUUUUAAGAAAUCAAAAUAAAUAAUAAAGUUAAAGGAUUAAGUAAAAAUCUAAAACACUAUUUUUCUUAAUAAGCAUAAAUGAGAAAGGCACUUGAACGUUUCAACGAAAUUAUUUUCAACCCUGCCAUUAGAUGGUAUUAAUUGCCUAAACCUACUGUCAGAAGAACAAGAUAUCCCGCUCCUGGUUCUGAACCUAUCAAUCGUGAAGUACAUUAAAUUGAUUACAAAACUGCUUUCAGAGAUUCUCCCCACAAUAUUAGAUAUCACCAUGAAAUUCAUACAUCAGAUUAAACUUAUCAUUCCAGCUACGACCCAGUCGGUGAAACUACCACUGAAAGAUUAGUUCGUUAUGGCUACUUGAAUAAGGAUUAAGUUAAUAAUGCUGAAGCUGUUGCUGCUGCUGCUAAGGAGUUCUAAGAAAAAGAAAAGAGAAGUCCUUCAAACAACAUCAUUAUUGAUGAAAUUUCUAACAGUGAUAAGCCUAUCACUAAGGAAAAUAGAGAAUCUGUUGCUCACCAUGUCCGUUAACAAUUUGAAUUUUUCCGUGAAGUUAAUGCUGAAGAAGUCUGGUCCGUCAGCAUUGAAGAAAAGUACAAUCCUGAAUUGUACAUUUACAAGACCUAUGAUAUGGCUGCUGAUGAUCCUGUAUGGAGAUAAGUCAAAUUAGAUUUAGAAUGGACUUUUGAAAAUAUUGCUGAAAGAAGAGAAUCUUUAGGAUAUAUGCCUACUUUCAAGGGUGAUCCUAACUUCUGGUAAGCUUUGGAUAACUCUUUCUCUCCUGAAAAUAUUGCUCAAGUUUAAAGUUCAAUUGGUGACAAAGUUACAAACAUUGAUACAAAGGCAUUGGCCCUUAAUCAUUAAACAGAAGAAUAUCACAAGACUUCAAAAUUAGUUUAUCCCAUUCGUACUAACCUUGUUGUCGAGUGA